CUCUACAACCGUUUCCUUUGUUAUUCAACUUCAACAACCUCCGGAAAGAGGAAGGGUAAGAUUUUUUUUUCCGAAGCAAUUUCUUCUCGGAGCACGUCGAAAAACUCUUCGACUCUGAUGACCACGGUCUGCGCUUGGUAGAUCUUUCGCAAACCUUCUCCCGCUGUUCUAGGCACACGAUCUCACGAACCUCAUCAUGUCUUCCUAUCUGGCAAAGCAACAGGCCGCUUUUAAAAGCGAUGCCAUGUCUGCUGCACCCAAAGUCGCAACCAAGCGUAAUCUCGCUCCACCUGCCCCCGAGUCUGCGCCAUCUCCAGCUCCUUCCAACGCCUCUAAUGCUUCGAAGAGCGAGAGUAAAGACCCGAAACGCAAGCGGGAGGUUCAGAAUGUGGUUUACUCGCAGCCCGCGGCGACUGGCUAUGGAAUGGAGGCUUUCACGCAAGUCACAUAUGUUAUCGAAUUUCUCAAGAAGAAGAACGAGCCAAAGACUUUCCGGGAGAUUCUGGAAUAUCUGAGCCAAGUCAAUGCCGACGAGCGUCAGAAGAGACUGAUCGCGAGAAUUCUUCUUCAGCACGAGCGAGUUUACCAUACCCCCGAUCCGAACUUGAAGGUCCAGUCUUGGGAUUCGGGCACCUUCGAGCACAAGCCGAUUAUCAACGUCCGUACGAAGAAGGACUUGAUCGCGUACCUACAAACAAAGGCGGACGCUCAAGGAGUAUCUGUCAAGGAUUUAAAGGACGGAUGGCCAGACUGCGAAGAUGCCAUCGACCAGCUAGAGGCCGAGCACAAGAUCCUGGUUACUCGAACCAAGAAGGACAAUCAUGCUAGAAUGGUCUGGGGCAACGAUCCAACUCUGCACCAUGAUGUUGAUUCCGAAUUCCAAGUAAUGUGGCAUGAGAUCGAACUUCCAAGCGUGGACGAACUGGUACGGAAACUCCAAGAUGCAGGACAGAAACCAGCGAGUGAAGAUCCCAGCAAGCGUAUAAAGGCAGCUCCAAAGCCAAAGGAGAAGAAGAAGCGAGCUCCAAGACGUGGUGGAAAGACUACGAAUACACAUAUGGCGCAUCUUCUCAAAGAUUUCUCUCAUAUGAAAAGAUGAAGAAUCUCUGAGGUAUACUUGGGACACCAUGGUAAUCGACAGACUUCAUUGGUAAGCGUUCUGAGAGGGUCGUUUUUUCUUCAUUAGCGAUGGCGUUGGUUUGGUUAUGAGACAAAAAAAGAGUGAGGCAUCAUGGUAUGUGCGGUUCACGGAAAGGCUCUGCACGGUUGAUGGCUGAUUUCGAGAGGAGUCUCCUUUCGCCGAGGAAUUGGAACUCCAUAUGCUUCUUCGAAGGCUUUUCACUACAUGUACAUCUCAGGG